AUCAUUUAUCACCAUGUUUGUCGUUAAGGAGACGCUCUCUUCAUGUCUUGACAUGGUUCUUGCCCCGUUUUCUCAUACAGCUCAGACAAGACGAACAUGUGAGUGGACAAAUGUCCCACUGGAGACCAGGAGGGCCCUAACCGGGGGAAACAGUCACAACGAACGAUCCAUUCACAAACAUGUUUUCACUGUCUGUGGCCAUCGUUCUAGAAAUUGCGUCGAUGUUUGAAAACCCGGCGUGUCGAGCAAGCCCUUUCAGUCAGUCAGUCAAAGCCAGACUUGAAGAGGCUUUAGAUCACAUCGUUGAGCUGGCGAACACCAGAAGAGGGCCGCCACAACAUCCAUUCACUAUCACCACUAUCACUCAUGGUGUACGUAGUACGUACGUACUAUGGUAGAAUAUGUUCAGCUCUCUGAGCCGGAGCCUUACCCUCCCGGCUUUAACAAUUGAUCUGUAGCGCCAGGAACAUACACAUGCCGCUGGAUUUAUUUUUUUUUGUUUUCUGCGCAGUUCGUCGACGUGUCGUUUCUUAGCUUGAACUUGAACCAGCAGUUCCAAAUUUUGGUCCUUAAGCGAACAUCAUAAUUGUGCAUCCGUCCCCAAUUGUGCCCAACCCACGUCUUUUAAUACUCGCUGCUUUCUCAAACUUUACCUUCCGUUGAAUUCCGUGGGAGAAGUAAGGCCGUGUCGAGGCCGAACUACGAAGAGAGGGAGAAGGCCUACUCUGCGUGAGGCUCAAGAUCAAGGCCAAAGGCCUAAGUAUUGGCCGGUGGAAACAGCAGCACCUCGAGUGACGUGGAAAAGAGAAGGAGCACGAUUAGAACACGGUGCAUUCUCCGAGGGAGUUGUGUGUUGCUCCCAACCCCAAAGUCCAUUUGAUCGGCAACGUGGUCAGGAUCGUUCCUCGCCCAUAUUGAAUAGUGGAGAGUGAUUCCACCUCCGGAUUGUCAUGGCAGCUACUCCAGUGUUCGCCACGCCCACAAACUCGCCCCUGAGAUCCAGUCCGAAUGUGAAACAAUUCACAACGACGCCCCUGCACAAUCCGAUUAGGGCGUCCAGACGUUCCCGGUGCAUUUCGUGCUCAGAUAAUGGACAAUAUCCAAGCUUGGACCUGAAUGUGGAGGACGAGGAUACCUUGGAGGAUUUCCCCGAGAAGUAUGUGGCCCGGUCUAAUCGAAGCAAUUCUUUGGUUGGUCGUAUUGUCGAAGAUGUCCUCUAUGGAACGGUCAAAUAUUUCUGUCGAUCUCGUGGACACGGGUUCGUUAAUCCGGAUGUGAAUCCGUAUGAAGAUCUUUUUGUGCACAUUUCCGACAUCGAAGGCGAGUUUGUGCCCAAGAGAGGUGAUCGCGUCUCGUACCGGCGAUGCCCUCUACCGCCCAAAUUCGACAAAUUCCAGGCUGUUCAUGUCCACAUCUUGAAAUGCUCUCCACACUCACAUCGAAAAUGGGAAUCGCCCGAAACGCCAGAGGAGAUCGAAGAGGAUAAACAAAUCGAAUCUUUGCCUUAUGACAUCUAGGUGAUAUGGGAAUGAAAGUGACGAGCGAUGAAUAUUCUUUCAAAUGUGGAAAUCCUUGGCAACCAACCCAACCGGUUCCGAUGACUCUCCAAGGACGUGUAAUAAUUGGCUGUGCUUUGCGAAGUGCAUUGUUGAUGGUGUCAUAUCAAGAGAAAGUAACAAAAGAAACCUGCUUCAUUGUAUCGAAAGCCAUGGAUGAAGACAAUAAGCGUGUCAUAAGUUGUCUUAAUAUAGACACUCACUUUCACGUUCUAAAAAUGGCCAACUCGAACGUUGCCGAUCGGGCAUGUGAAUUUAGAUACCUGUUGUUGGAUAGCGUGCUUACCGUCCCACUAUCCGAGCGCUUUAGAUGUAUUUUUGGGGCAUGAGCAUAUGAAAUAUAAUCUUAAUUUCAAA